AUUUCCCUCCACAAAAUGAUGAAAACAACCAACUCACAUACUCACUCACUGAGUCACAGCAUACUGUACAAAAUCGACGAAUCUUUUUCUUCACUUACAGAAAUUCAAUGGCAUCCAUAGAAAUUGCAGCAUUAGGGUUUCGAUUAAGCCAAUUUCCAGCUUUAUCUUCUAUAUCCAACAGAAAUUCUGGAAAUUCUGUUCAAUUCUUUCGUAAAAACUCAAAUUUCCGCAUUUUUUCAUCAUCUCUUACAAAUGAAACAGAAGAAGAAGGGAUUAUUAGUAAACCUAAUUGUAAAUUUACUGAAGAUGAGAAUCGGCUUGUUGAAGCUCUUAUUGGAAUUCAAGGACGUGGUCGUUCUGCUUCACCUCAGCAGCUUAAAGAAGUAGAACGUGCAGUUCAAGUUUUGGAGGAUGUUAAAGGUGUUCCUGAACCAACGAGUUCUGGUUUGAUUGAAGGUCGAUGGCGAUUGAUGUUUACAACAAGGCCAGGAACUGCUUCUCCAAUUCAGAGAACAUUUGUAGGAGUUGACUUCUUCAAUGUAUUUCAAGAGGUAUAUCUGCGAACAAAUGAUCCACGCGUGUCCAAUAUUGUAAAGUUCUCGGAUGCUGUUGGUGAGCUAAAAGUAGAGGCUGUGGCAUCUGUUAGGGAUGGAAAGCGAAUUCUUUUCCAGUUUGACAGGGCAGCCUUUUCUUUGAAAUUCCUACCAUUUAAAGUCCCUUAUCCGGUGCCAUUUAGGCUUCUUGGUGACGAAGCAAAGGGCUGGUUGGACACAACAUAUUUGUCAAAUUCUGGAAAUAUACGUAUUUCAAGGGGGAAUAAGGGCACCACUUUUGUGCUCCAGAAGGAAAUUGAACCUAGGCAAGAGCUGCUAUCUGCAAUUUCUACUGGAAUUGGAGUGACAGAAGCUAUUGAUAAGCUAAUUUCGACAGCUCAAGAUAAGGAGGGCGAACCUCAGCUUCUAGAAGGAGAAUGGACGAUGAUCUGGAGUUCUCAGGUGGAGACGGACAGCUGGUUGGAAAAUGCAGCUAAUGGUCUAAUGGGUACACAGAUAAUCAAGAAAGAUGGACAGCUAAGGUUUUUGGUUGACAUUGUACUUGGUUUCAGAUUCUCCAUGAGCGGCACAUUUCAGAAAACUGGUGGUAAGACAUACGAUCUUAAUAUGGAUGAUGCAGCUAUCAUAGCUGGUUCAUUUGGACUACCCGUUAAUUUGGAAAGUAGAUUCAACCUGGAGCUUCUGUAUGCAGAUGACAAGAUCAGAAUUACACGAGGAUACAAUAAGAUUAUGUUCGUUCACUUGCGUGUAGACAAGUCAUAG